AUGGAGAUUAAGGAUAACAAAAGAUAUGUUGCUGAUUCACAUUACAAAGAUGUUGGCAAUGACAUUAAGAAAUUUGGUACAUCAUUCAAUACCGUUGUUAGUUCAUUCUGUAGAAAUACUCGUGGUAUAAAUCGUCGAAAAAAUCUUCUACAUGCUGCAGCAGCAGCAGCUAGUUUAAAUGAUAUAAAACAUUCAUCACUACAAUCUCCAUCUUUAAAUGCUAAAGAAAAUAGGAAUGAUAAUGUACAAACAACAAAAGAUGACAUUAAUUUGGGAUAUGUACAACAAAAGACAGAAACUGAUAAAGACAAUAAAGAAGAGGAGAAUGAUGGAUAUAAAAUAUAA